AUGACGGGCAACUUUGUGCACAAUGAGCCGCAGGACGAGAAGGUCGAUAUUAUGGUGCCUGGAGUGGUGCAAGGUGGAGAGAGUGAAUCCAAACAAUUCAUUGAUAGUCUCUCAAAUGGUGCUGUCGACAAGACGGUGUUGAUGCAAGAACUCCUGCGGGGUUUACUUGAGAAUAACGAGAUUGUGCUUGAAAAGAAGGGGCGAAAGGGGGUGAAUCCCGCCCCAUUGGGCCUCAUUGGAUUUGGUAUGACCACCGUUCUUCUUAAUCUACACAACGCCAGUUUAUUUGAAUUGGGCAGCGUUGUACCAGCGAUGGGUCUCAGCAUUGGUGGCCCUCUUCAAAUUCUCGUUGGUCUCCUCGAGUACUUCAACGGCAACGCCUUUGGCGCCACGGCGUUUAUGAGUUACGGUGCCUUUUGGCUUUCACUCGUCGCUCUCUGGCUUCUCCCGCAAGGAGACGAUCAUCCGCAUGUGUGGAUGACCACAAAACCGUUUAUCGGCUUCUACCUGCUGCUCUGGGGACUCUACACACUCUGCAUGACCGUCGUUACCUUCUUGAAGCUGAAUCGCAUGAUGCAAACACUCUUCACAACGCUGACCGUUUUGUACUUUCUCCUCGCCGCUGGGAACUUUGCGGAGAAUGCAACCGUACUUAAAGUGGCGGGAUGGGAGGGUAUUUUCUGCGGACUUGUGGCACUAUAUAUUGCCUUUGCGGAGAUCCUGCAGGAUAACCUUGGAUACCCCGUUCUCCCGCUCUUUCAUGUGAAACGUGAUUAA